CAAAAGAGAAAGUCACGGGGCCAGUGUGACACAAAAAAAGUGAUAGAGAAGACUAGGGUCUCUCACAACACUCUAGGCAAAAACUGACACCUCAUUGCUUUCUAAAUUCGCCGGAGAAAAAGACGGAAAUGUUCGCCGCCGUUCUCCGGCGUCCUUAAUCAUUUCGAGCAACAACAUUAUCAUCCAGAUCUCCUCCGGACAGAAACAAUGGCGUACCACAACAAGACAACGUCGUCGUCGGUUACUCAGCAAGUUCCCCUAGUCAUUACUCUCAAUUGCAUCGAAGACACAGCGUUAGAACAAGAAUGCCUCUCCGGUAUAGCAGUCAUCGAGCACGUGCCUCUUAGCCGCUUAGCGGAAGCGCGGAUCGAGUCAGCUACAGCCGUACUUCUUCACUCACUCGCGUUCCUCCCACGCGCGGCGCAACGCCGUCUCCGUUCGUGGCAGCUCAUUCUCUGCCUCGGAUCCUCCGACCGAGCCGUCGACUCCGCGUUGGCUUCCGACCUCGGUCUCUCUCGGCUUGUUCAUGUCGACGUUAGCCGCGCUGAGGAGGUGGCGGAUACUGUUAUGGCGCUUAUCCUCGGUUUGCUCCGCCGUACUCAUCUCCUCUCUCGCCAUACCUUAUCGGCUUCCGGCUGGCUUGGCUCCGUUCAGCCGCUGUGUCGUGGAAUGCGCCGGUGUCGUGGCCUUGUACUGGGAAUUAUUGGUAGAUCUGCUUCGGCAAGGUCUUUGGCUACUCGGAGUUUAGCAUUCAACAUGAGCGUGCUCUAUUUUGAUGUUGAGGGAAAUGGUAAAGUGAGCAGACACUCCAUUAGAUUUCCACCUGCUGCCAGGAGAAUGGAUACCCUAAAUGACUUACUUGCUGCAAGUGACCUUAUAUCGUUACACUGUGCUCUAACAAAUGAAACAGUUCAAAUUAUCAAUGCAGAUUGCUUGCAGCAUUUAAAGCCUGGGGCAUUUCUUGUUAAUACCGGUAGCAGCCAACUGUUAGAUGAUUGUGCUGUCAAACAACUUCUAAUUGAUGGAGGCCUUGCCGGCUGUGCUUUGGACGGUGCUGAAGGGCCACAAUGGAUGGAAGCAUGGGUAAGGGAGAUGCCCAAUGUUCUGAUACUGCCACGCAGCGCAGAUUAUAGUGAAGAAGUGUGGAUGGAAAUAAGGGAGAAAGCAAUUUCUAUGCUGCAAUCAUUCUUCUUGGAUGGUGUUGCUCCAAAGGAUUCUGUAUCUGAGGAUGAAGAAGAAAGCGAGAUAGGGUAUGAAAACGAACGACACCAAAUACAAGAUGUUGAAAGCACAUUGCAGGUUUCUGUUAGUCAUCAACCCAUUGAAGAUGUUGCAGAGAACUCUCAGAAAAGAUUAGUGAAUGACUCAAGGGAAUCACCUAGUCAGCUUCAAGGCUCCAUAGUAUCUCAAAAUAGUUCUGGUAGAUCUGAAGUAAAGCGAAGCCGAUCAGGUAAAAAGGCUAAAAAGCGGCAUGGACGCCAUAAAUCACAGCACAAAGUAGAUGAUUCUUUGGCAUUUGAAAAGGAGAGUACAUCACACCAUGAAGAUGGUGCUACGAUGAGCGGAACAGAUCAAGGUGUGAGUUCCAGUUCGCGUUUUGCUUCUCCAGAAGAUUUAAGAGGUAGGAAGACACCAAUUGAAUCAAUACUGGAAUCAUCAGGGGAGCAGCUCCCAAAAAAAGGCAUGGAUCUCAGCAGAAAAUCUGCAGAACUGCUGAAGGAUGGUUAUAUCAUAGCUUUACAUGCAAGACAUCACCCUGCUUUGCAUGUCUCCAGACAAAGAGUGAAAGGGGGUGGUUGGUUCCUCGACACAAUGUCAGAUGUUACAAAAAGAGACCCAGCAGCACAGUUCCUUGUGGUUUUUAGAAGCAAGGAUACAAUUGGGUUGAGAUCAUUUACUGCUGGUGGGAAGUUAUUACAGAUAAAUAGGAGGAUGGAAUUUGUAUUUGCGAGUCACAGUUUUGAUGUUUGGGAAAGCUGGACAUUUGAAGGUACUAUGGAAGAAUGUCGACUAGUGAACUGUAGGAAUCCUCUGGCCGUUUUGGAUGUACGCGUUGAAGUACUAGCAGCGGUUGGAGAAGAUGGUAUCACUAGAUGGCUUGACUAGGCAGUGUCUUUGAGCCAUUGCGCAUGAUUUUUAGAAUAUGCUAUGCUGAUUUGUUUGGAAUAUUUACCACAAGUAGUUUUGUAAGGCAUUGAGUCUCACUCGAAGCAAGAGUUGUAUGUUUUUAAUGUAACUUCCAUUAUUGCCUCCUAUCAGGGAUCCUUACCCCCCCCCCCCCCCCCCCCCCCCUAUGAAAAUGGCUGAUUGUAUUUCGAGGAUUCAAAAUAGCUUGUUUUUUUGUUUAGACUGUUGCCUUCAAAUGAAAUUUGCAUGCUUUGUGAGUAAA